AUGUACACACGCGGUGGGAUGAAUUAUGAAUACGCCAAUCCAAUGGCGUUUAACAUAAAUAAUAAAAAUAUAGAAAGUAUGUCUCAUGGUGGUUCUCCAACUGUUAGACCAGUUCCAAUAAAUUAUCAAGGUUACACAUCACAAAAUACAAGUGUAGUUUCAUUUAAUAAUCAAAAUAAUAUUAAUAGCAGUGAUAAUUCAAAUUUUUAUAUCCAACGUUAUAAGAAUCCUGAAAAUGCAAAAUCAGCUUUGAAAUAUAGUACUACACAAUAUAUACCAAAAAAUAAAAUAGAUGAAAGAAAUGAAAUGAUAAACAUUCGUAGGCAUCGUAAUUAUAUAAAUGAUAAUAAUGGAAAUAUAAAUAAUCGUUCGAAUCAGAAUUCGGUUGUAUUACCUGCAAAUUAUAGUUCAUAUAAUAGAUUGCCGAUAAAUUCUUAUUAUGCAAAUGGAACAGAUCAUACCACCCAAAACAACGAAAUUAAAUUAACUUAUGAUAAAAUUGAUUCAUUAAAUAAGCAUGAGAAGAUAAACUCUAUGACUACUCCCAAUACUAUGGGAUCCAAUAAUCCAAGUUAUGAUGAAAAACUCCAGAAAACGAAAAAUGUAUAUAUUCAGGAUCCACAGAAAAAUAAUAAUUUUGAGAUAAAAAUGAAAAGAGAUGAAAAAAUUUCCAACUCGAACAAACAAUAUCUUAUCAAAAAAGAAAACGACGAAACAAUGUUAUUAGAUAAUAUAAAUCAUUCAAGAAAUGUAAUAUUUGCAAAAUCUCCAAAAAAUAAUACAAAUUCUCCAAUAUAUGAUACCUUAGAUACAAACAAAAAGUUAAGGAUUCAAAAUCAAUUUGGAAACGAAAGUAGAACACCUGCAAAAAAUGAAAUCGAAUAUAAGGGAAAAAGAGAAAAAGAUCUGUAUAAUAAAGUUAAAGGGGGUAUAGAGAAUAGAAAAGGUGAAUAUUUAUAUAAAGAGAAUAAUGAUAUGGAAGAUACAAAAAAAUUAAAUACAAAAGAAGUACAAAAAUAUAACAAUAUUCCAUUCAAAAAUGAUGAAAAAAAAAGUGAAAGGAAAAUGAAUAUUUUAAAAAACAAAAAAGUGAAUGGACAGAGUAUAGACAACGAUAAGAAGAAACUAGAAUGUAUUGUUUCCAUGAAUUUUAAGGAAGAUGCAUUUGAUUUAAAAAAUGGAUUAAAGGCAUUUAAAAACAUUAUUAUUAUUGAUAGAAAUAAUGUGAUAAAAAAAUGGAAUGGAUAUGAAUGGAUGAAAUUAGAAAAUGAUUUUCAUUUUUUUAUUAAAGCGAGAUAUGAUAAUAAAGGGAAUAUAUGGCUCAUAAACAAUUCAUAUGAAAUCUUAAAAUUAAAAAAUAACAAAUAUAAAAAGUAUGGCAAUAUAGCCAACGAGGAGAUUGUAGACAUAGGCUUUGAUAAAAAAAAUAUUUUAUGGUGUAUAAAUCGUAAGGGGGAUUUGCUUAAAUGGGACAAAACGCAAUGGAAAAGAAUAAAGUAUUCAGGGUUUCAUAAGCUAAUAAGUUUAGCAUUUGACAUUAAGGGGAAUUUAUGGGGUCUUAAUUCGAAGAGAAUAUUAGCACUUUGGAAUACAAAAAAUAAAUGCUGGGAUGAAAAAAUUAUUAAUUCAGAACUAAAAAUAUCUUCUUUGGAUUUUGAUAAGGAUGGAAAAAUAUGGGCAAUUUCAAAUAAUGGCGCGUUAUUAACAUAUGUAUCUAACCAAUGGAUAAACUUUGGAUAUGUAUGCUUAGAUGAGUUAAUUUCUAUCAGCUUUAGGAUGUAA